UUUAAUAUUAUAAUAUGGUUAUAAAAAUAGUAUUAAUAUUAUGAGGACGCCACACCCGUAUGUGUUUCUGUGUUUUCCCUGGGGUUUUCUUACCAUUGAUUAUAAUCAAUGGUCUUACAAACGUACGACAUGGCAAAUUUUUGUUCAACAGUUCCAAUUUUGUGCGAUAAGCUUUAAUCAUAUACCUAGUUGGCUAGUUAAUAUUGAUCUAUUAUCAUACUGUAAGGUAUAGUAAUUGUCUGUGCUUUCAAUUGUGUUAUUUUACAAUUUUUACAUUUUUAAGCUAUUUAUGAAAAUUUAUAUAUUGUAAUAUUUUACACACCUACUCAUAACUUGCUUAAAAAUUAAAAUAUCGCAAAAACCCCAUGCGAAAGCACAGAUAAUGUCCAUAGUUUUAAGUUUGAUAAAAGGUUAAUUUUCUCUAUUAUUAGAGGCAAUUGCUCAAAUUUGAAACUGUUGAACAAAAAUUUGACAUGUUGUACUUUCGUAAGACGGAGACAACAUUAUAUAUUGUAUAUUUGUAUGUAAUUGUUUUUAUUUAUGCUAAAGAAACAUCGAUUGUUAAGAUUUAUUAAUAUUUUAAUAAACAUAAUAAAAACAAUUAAUUAAAUACCUAAUAAACAUAAUAUGUUAUAAUAUUAAGUACAAUUUUUUUAUAGAUACAUUUCAAGUCCAAAUGUUGACAAAAUUAGAUAAUAUUUAAACAAAUAUUAACAGUUAUAUAAUAUCCGGUUAAAGUUUACCGACACUUAACCGGCCGAAUUCUGCCGAUAAUAAAAUCUGUUAUCAGUCGGUUUAUUGUUGAUCCACACUUUACCUGACAUUGUAAGAACGGCCCUUAGUUAUAUUAAAAAAAUAUAAUUCGUGGGGACUUAAAACUUUGGUAGCGGUGUCGUAUGUUAUCUACGCACUGAAUGUUAUCUACACAUUGCUAUUUACGUAUAAAUUAUGUCGUAUGCUAUCUACGCACAAUUAAAGUUGAAAAGUAUUUUUCAUAUCAAUAAAAAAUGUUUCGAACGUAUUUGUUGUGUUUAUGGAGCGCCACCAUUCUUCUUUAAGCUGCCUUUCCAGCAAAUGAGUGGCACCAUCCAAACUUCUUAUCACUAUAUUUUAUUAUUUACUAUACGAUACAUACAAUUAAAUUAUUAUUUGAUGAUAGUCUGUAAAUUAUGUUAAUUAUUAGAAAUUAAGUACUUAAUUAAAUAAUUACUUAUUAGGUAAUUAAUAUAUUUUAGUAUAAUACAAUGUGUUCUCUUCUAUCACAACUUAUAGAAACCGGGAUAUUUUGCAUACUAUAUUGAAGAGUUGCAAUGUUUUCCCUUAACUUGUAAGUAUAGAUAAUAAUAUUUACAUGACGUAUGUUCUAUAUAACUUCUGUAAUUAAUAACAAAUUAUGGGCAUGGUAACGUUGAGUUGUUGAUUUAUAUAAUACAUAUUAUGUAAGACACAAACAAUAUUAACAAUCAACAUUUUUAACACAAUGGCCGAACCAAACACAGACAACGUAGAUGAAAAUAAUAAAGAGAAUUUAAAAAAUCUAAAACCAACACUUCAAUAUACAAUAUUUGCUGAUUAUGACAACGAAGAGUUACUAUACCCAAAUGAAAAGUUAGGAAUACUAAAGAGAGAGUUAGAAAUUGUGAGAUCAAGAGUGGAUAAUACAUUUAAAAAAAACACCUCCCCUUUAAGGCGACCAACGGACAACGCACCUCUGCACGAAGUAUACAAAAAUGUUAUUAACAAAGACUCGUUCACCACUUUAGCCAUGAUUUUAGCUAAUGAAAACAACGUUUGUAGUAAAACAUCAAGUGAAAAUCAGAAAAUUAAGUCGACAGAAAACAAUAUAAAAUCUGUUUGCGACGAUAACGCAAACAUUCAAGAGUUCAAUAAACCAUUAAAUAUUGAGAAAACUAAUCAAAUAAACUCCCAAGCAAUUAAUGAAAAUGCUAAACCUUUGAAUGUUACAAAUGAAGAUAUAAAGAAAAUAAACAUUGCUUCAAAUAAAAAUACACAAUCGCCGAAGAAGAAAAUUAAAAAACGAUAUAAAAUUGUGUCUAUCGAUAAAACAAAAUAAUAAAAAUAUAUAGAUACCUAACUUCAACUUAUUAAAUUUAAACUACCUAACUACCUAACUUUACAUACAAUUUACAUUUAUUUUAAAUCAUUCUAUCAUUAUAUAUUUAUAUACCUAUGUUUUGGUGUUAAUUUAUGAUCAAACACAUGAAUUAAUUACUUGUAGACAUUUCGCAUUACAAAAUUACUGUCAAAGAACAUUCAAUGGUAAAUAUAUUUUUUCAGAAAAUUAAAAUAGAUUAUGAAUCUUGAAUUUAAUCAAAUUAAUUCGAUAUACAACGUGAUUCCAGUAAACACUAAUUAUCUCCAAAAGUACCUGGGUAUUAAUGUUGUUUUAUCCAUAUAAUUUUUAAAUUAUCAUAAAAUAAUAUUAUAAUAUUAUGCUAUUAUUUUUUUCUCAUAUUGCUAUAUCUUAGGUUUUAUUUCUUUUUGAAAAACAACAGACAUUUAUAAUUAUAGAAUUUCAUAUACUCAAUCAGAACUAUAGUCGGGAGAAUGAAAAGUGGCCACUGGCGAUAUGAUAGCAACCUUUUUUUAAUUCUACUUAGCUCUAGUGUAGUCAAUUUUGGGUUUAAGACACAAGUUGGUACAUCAAAAUGGCUUGAAAAAAAUCGAUGAACCCGAAUAUGGUAUUUAAAUUACAGGUUGCCUUUUAAAAAAAUGUAAGUUUUAUUGCGCAUGCGCAAGAUACACGAGUUAAAAACAUUGUAAGUCAUAGAAAUUUACGAUCCAUUAGUCUAGUUUAAUGUCCCGCAGACAGAAUUGAAAAAUAUUUACAUGGUAAUGAGUGGUAAAGUGGCCCCUGUUUUUUGGGACACACGGUAUAUAGAUUAGUUGUAUAUUAGUUAUAUGCAACUAUAACUUAACCGACUUUCCUUACAACGGUGUAGUCGUGAUAUUAUUGUAAUUAUUUUACAACCAAUAACAUACAUCCAUCGCUCUACUCUGCAUAGAUUUCCAUUACAUUUAUAUUAUAAUAAAUUAUGCGUUAAAUAUUAUAUUUUCAAAUGUAAUAUGAUUGUAGAAUAGUAAUAAUAAUACCUACCUAAUAUUAUGUACAGUUGGAUUUUAUAAUUUCAAAUUUUACGUUAAGUGCACAGACACUCCUCGGUAACUUAUUAAUGUAUUAAGUAUAUCAAUAAUAUCAUAAUAUUUAUAAUUCGUAAAUAAUACUAAAAUAAAUUUAGGCUGUUGGGUAAUUGAAGAAAUGUAUAAACUCGAGGAAUGUGCGCAAAAAAACUAUUAGGAUAUAAACCUGCUAACAGACAACAGUUACAUAGAUUUACAUGAAUUGUCACAAACCCCAUGGCGUGGGUAUUGUGUUUCUGGAAUGUAUUUGGAACUCGCAUGAGAGUUUGAUAGAACAUAGAACUAUAUAGUAGUAUUUUUAAUUCCAAUAAGUUCCCGAUCAUGGUUUCUUAGAUACAUUAUGAAUUUAUGAUUUAUGAUAUGGCCAGUUCGGAAACAACUAUCAAGGUACGAAUAUGUACUUAUAGUUAGUAUGUCGUAUAGAACAUAAUAUUUCGCCUUUUUUAGUCAAACUCGAUUAUAUUAUUGUCAUAUGUCUCAAUGGUCGUGGAACACAAAGUAUCUAUAUUUAAUUUAAUUAAUUUAAAAAUAUUACAUGUUAUAAUAAUAUAAUAUAUAGUAAAUAUAGUAAAUAUACCUACUAUAGCUCUACUAUAGCUUAUAUAGGUACCUAAGUCCCACCAUUGAUUAUAAAUAGGUACAAUACUUGUUUAUACAUGU